AUGAGCAGACCUCAGUUGCACUGAUUAUCUAUUUAUAUACCCCAACCAUAACUAUGGUUGUACUCGAAACCCAUCACCUCAAACUCUCUCUUCUGCCUUUCCUGGUACUGUUCUCGCUGUGUCGUUUGAGGUUUUGACAAGUUAUUGGGAGGGUUUUGUGUGUAGCAAUGGCCAUGGCUAAGUUUGUUGCUGUGUUGCUCUUUGCCCUCAUUGCCAUUUCCUUUCUACAAAACAUGGUUAUGGCGUCUCAUGGGCAUGGAGGUCAUCACCAUAACAACAGAAACAAAUAUGGCCCAGGGAGUCUCAAGAGCUACCAAUGCCCGUCGCAAUGCACGAGGAGGUGCGGCAGGACCCAAUACCACAAGCCCUGCAUGUUCUUCUGUCAGAAGUGCUGCGCAAAGUGCCUGUGCGUGCCCCCUGGCUAUUAUGGCAAUAAAGCUGUGUGCCCUUGCUACGACAACUGGAAGACCAAGGAAGGUGGCCCCAAAUGCCCUUAGAAUUCAACCCAUCUCUCGAGAAUCUCUCAACCCCACCCCCCCCCCCCUCCCCUCACUGCAACUUUACCGCUAGCUCUAUCUAAUUAUUUAAUUAUGUCUGUAUUUCUUUUGAGAUGGGAAAUGUAAUGUUUUGUUUGGUCGAAAGACUUCAAAGAGAAACUGCUGUAUCUCUUUAGGAGUUUUGCCGAAAUGAAUAAUGAGUCAGGCGAAUCUAUACAGUAAACGUGAAAAACCAA